GGGGCAAACGCGAUGAAAACCUAAUUCUUCCUAUAAAUGAUUCCAUUAGUGCCAGCCUUAGUACGGACAUUGGCUGAAACUGGUCCCAUCGGUGCUAAAAGAAGGAAAGAGGAAAUGAUGACUUCAAAAAACAAGAAAUAUUAUUGAGACAAAAUGGUUUUGCAAACAUGAAUCCGCCUAAGCUGCAGAUAAUAAAUAAGUGGCCCAACAAAUUAAAAGAUACAGUGCAUUGCAAAAACUUCCCAUUCUAAAGAUAAUCAUUAUCAGUACUGCCCAUUUAUGUCAGAUGUGCGCCAAAACGACUAUCAUGGCAUCGCCAUUGUUAAAAGAGAAUAAGUUUUGGCUGAAUGGAAGAGAGCAGACGUUCGACUCUCCGAGAUUGAGCAACUGUAUCAAAGCCAUCAGAGCCCGUUGCGAUGAAACGUUGCCACAAUUCAACUGGAAAAUAUCCAUUUGUUCAGAGAACAAUUUUCCAACGGCAGCUGGCUUAGCAUCUUCAGCAGCGGGUUAUGCUUGCUUGGUGCAUGCUCUAGCCCAGUUAUAUGAAAUUAAAGGGGAAAUAUCCGAUAUUGCUCGACAGGGUUCUGGAAGUGCAUGUAGAAGUAUUUAUGGUGGUUGGGUGCAAUGGCACAAGGGUGACCUACCAACAGGGGCCGAUUCCAUCGCUACGCAGAUAGCGCCUGCUGAUCAUUGGCCCGAAAUGCGAAUAAUCGUAUUGGUCGUAAAUGAUUGCCGGAAAAAGUAUAGCUCUACUUCAGGAAUGAAAACGACAACAGAGACAUCAACUUUGGUCAAGUUCAGAGCAGAGAGCGUAGUCAAUCAGAGGGCAAAAGCUAUGAAGAAAGCUAUUGAGGACAAGGACUAUGAAUCGUUCGCUGAAAUCACUAUGAAGGAUUCAAACCAAAUGCAUGCUAUUUGUUUGGAUACUUUUCCGCCGUGUGUUUAUAUGAACGACACGUCCCAUGCUAUAGUCAAUUUAGUCCACAGCUAUAAUGAAUACAAAAAAGGACAAAAGGUUGCCUACACAUUCGAUGCCGGUCCAAACGCUUGCAUUUAUCUCCUUCAAUCUGAAGUUGAGCAAUUUAUAUCAGUGGUGAACCACGUUUUUCCUAAACCUGCUGAUAUUGAUGCAGUUGAAUACUAUAGAGGGCUGACUUUACCCAAUAAGCAACUUGACAAGAAAAUUGUCGACGACCUAAACUUAACUCCUCAUGAUACUGGUGUGCUGAAAUACAUUAUAUAUACCAAAGUAGGAGGUGGACCACAAGUAUUAGGCGACCCAAGUGAACAUUUACUGCAAGAUAAUGGUUUACCUAAACAGUGAAAAGAAGCGCUAAAAAUAUGUAUUUUAUGAAGUCAAAUUGCUUCGUUGUUUAUUUUUCAUUGAGGUGUAUACUUCGCAGGUAAAAAGUGGCAUUUUUGUAUGGUUGUGGUUUGUAAAUUAUUAUGGAAGGUAAUUAAACCAAUCUCUAGUAAAA